GAAAGAUUCGAUUACAUAAUUUCCGCUGGCGUGGGUGGACCGUUUCCGGGUGAGAGGGCAGAGCAGGAUGGCGGAGGCGAAAGAUCAGGGCAACGAUAAUGGACAGUUUGAAGUGUUGGAUUUAGCUGAAUAUGCCAAAAGACAAAGAUGGUGGAAUCGAUUCUUUGGAAGAAACUCUGGGCCAAUUGCUGAGAAAUAUACAGUAGCAACACAGCUGAUGAUUGGAGGAGCCAGUGGUUGGUGUGCGGGGUUCCUAUUUCAGAAGGUUGGAAAAUUAGCUGCAACAGCAGUUGGUGGAGGCUUCUUCCUGCUCCAGAUUGCCAAUCACACAGGAUACAUCACUAUUGACUGGAAGCGAGUGGAGAGGGAUGUGAACAAGGCAAAGAAACAGUUGAAAAUUGGCAAGAAUAAGGUUGCUCCAGAAGUACAUGGUGCAAUUGAUGAGGUGACUGUGUUUGUUAAGAAGAACAUCGUCCUCACCGGGGGUUUUAUUGGUGGAUUCCUACUUGGACUUGCUUCAUGAGGAUUAGUUGAAGAUUUUACUUCAGUUGAAGAACUACACUCCAUUAUUACUUCCCUCUCUGCCCCUGAAACCAUUGAUAGAUUUAUGUGCUUGUUAUGUAGGGUAUGAGCACCCCAUAGACAGUGCUGAGUUAGUAACUUCAAUAUACUGGACUGGAGGGGAUUUGCAUUACUGAAUUGACUCUGUGGCCUCAAUAUUCUUAAUAUGUGACUCAGAAGAUUAUCAACAUUUGCUUUUGCCCUGGUUUAUGACCAUAAUCAAAAUUGUGGUACAAUAUUUUAAAAUGGUUGGUUGCACUGAUUGAGGAAUGAGACUCACAUUUUAACUUGACUUGUUACAUAGUAUAAUCACAGAUCCAAGUGAUCUUUCCCUACCAAAUAAAAACCUUUUCACACUUCAUACUUGACAUCUUGCACAUUUUAUCACCAUGUGUAAGAUCUGAACUGACAUUGCCCCUAUAUUUUGCAUGCUUGUUGGGCUAUAUGCUGCACAUUGCUAACAGUAUGUAUUUUCUAAAUGUGGGGAUGUUUACGAAGGCUGCAUACUCCGCAUAAUGACACUUUAGAAGGACUGGAACCUCUGCCACUUGUUUGUGUUACAUCACCUGCUGUAGUUGCCAACAUGACACAGGUAUAACAACAAAUUCAAUGUAAUGUUAAGUUUCAAAAUUGGAUUCUUGAGAGUAUUUCAAGGUUAAAACAAUAUCUUAAGAGUUCAGGUGACUUUUUAUAAGCACUCUUGUUUUGCUAUGUCCUUUGAGCAUCUUGAUUAUAUUCUAGCUAUUAAAAUCAUUCCUGGAUGUCUUUUCUCUCAAUUGCUUUGCUACAAUUGUUUUCAGAUCAUGUUGCUUAUAAGCAAAACCUGAAUCAUCAUAUGCCUUUCUAGCAAUUGAUGUUUAUGGUUCAAUUGCUGCAGUGCAACUAGGGGUUAGAACUUUUGGCUUCAGCAGUAGGCAAUAAAAGAUUUGUGAUGCUUUGACCUCAAGAGCCUGGUGUCAUGGUAAAAGGAAAAGUACUUUAAUAUAUUUACUCUGGAGCUAUGAUUAUCAUAAUACUGGUUUUUAUGAUGUCUUGCCUUAUCCACACUUAUACUGCUACAUUAUCGCUUUUAAAAUUAAGACUUACUUUUGAAUCAGAAGGUCAUAUGCUCAUGUCCCACUCCAGGAACUUCAACAUAAAACCCAAGUUGACACAAUGUGGUACUGAGGGAGUGAUGCACUAGUGGAGGUGGUGUCUUUCAGAUGAGAUAUUAAAUUGAGGCCCUGUAUUUCUUUGGAUAGAUGUAAAAGAUCCAGUGGUAGUUUUCAAAAAAGAGCAGGUGAGUUCUGGUGUCCUGGCCCAUAUUUAUCUCUCAACCAUAAUCAUUUAAACAUCUGGUCACGAUGGGACCUUGUGUGCAAAUUUGGCUUCUUGUGUUUGACUCCUUCAAAUUUUAUCUUUUGUUUUUGCAGUUUCCUUUUAAGGGGUUGCCUUUUAAUUUGUCCCUGAAUUGUUAAUUUAGUUUGUUUGAUUUGGACUCAAAAGAGUUACAACAGUGACUACAUUUCAAAAGUACUUCAUCGGAUGUGAAGAGCUUGGGACAUCCUGGGAACAUGAAAGGUGCUUUAUAAAUGCAAGUUUAUCUUAAAAAGUAACAUUAAAAAGUGAGCUAAAUGGAAAUUUCCAUUUGCUACUUGUGAAAAUGGAACAGUAACGUGUAUUUUUGGUGCAGGCCUAUAAAAUCAGUACUCCUUUUAUACAUUUACACGCCUAAUCUUUGGGUGAACUAGUGAAUUUGUUCCUAAAACAAAAACCCUGCUAUCUCCUUACAGCAGAUAAUAGCUUUUGCCUGCACUAUUCAAAAUAUAUCCCAAACAUAAUUAUUUACGAUCUAAAUUCUUCAGGUCUGUUUUACUGAAUAUCUAUGAACUUCUAGUAUUUAAUUUCUCGUUAUUUGACAAAAAGUUAGAUGGUCACUUUUAUCAUAAUGGGCAUAAUACAUUUUUCUGUCCUCGGUUAAUUGUUUGUGUCCCACCCUUGCCACCAACCACCACCCUUUUCAGAACUUGGAUUGAAAUGCAAGUUCUGUCAUGGGAGCUUGAUUGUUUGCAUCAUUAAUUUAUUACCUGUCUGGGAAUUGUAUCUUCAAUUUGAGGAAAUUAAGUAAACAUUUAAGGCCACAAGACAGCUAUAUCUGCACCUUCUGCUCACCAAACAAAAAUUGCUGACUGCAAUUACAAUUCUUAAGUUGAAGACCUUAACCUACUAGAGAAAUGAGAAGAUUUGCUAAUAAUAUUUUUGAAGAUGCUUAUCAUUUAGUCACUGUGAUACAUGAUCUGAGAUGGGGAGUCUUUUUCUUUAAAAUUGAUGCACCUAUUGUCCUAAUUCUUUGACAAAAACCCAGAGAAAGGGAAGGAUCACUACAGUAAGAGUGCAGAAUGUGUCCUAGUCUUCAAUCACUGAUUCUAAAAAAAAAUCUGAUGUCUUUCAAAUUAAUGUUAAAAAUUUGUGUAAAAAAAAAGUUGUUUAUUUCCUCUCCUACAUCUACACUAGUUAAAUUUCUGUCCGAUUCACUCAUUCAGUAAAAAUACAAUAUAGUUUUCUUUCAUUUUUAAACUGGUAUUUGCUUGCCUUUUUAGCCAAAAGGCAAUAUUUUUAGAGGCAGUUUUUUGCUUGAAAAAUUAAUGCAUUAGAGAUUUUUAGAUUUGUCUCCCUGAUUUGAAUUUAAGAAUGCAGCUGAAGGACAUAUAUAAUAAAAUAGUGUACUAUAUUUAAAUGCAUUUAUAAGUGUGCCAAGGUGAAGGCAGUACUGUGGCCUGCAAUCUGAUAUGUGUACGAGAAACUGCAUUAAAUUCUCAUGUAUGUAAAGAUUUAUUUUUAAAUGUACACAGUUGCUUCAUUUGCUUAGUACAGAUAUCUGUUUUACUGAGUAUUUUGCCACUUUGUGCCUAUUUACAUUAUGUUCACUUUAUUUUAUGAUUGUACUUUAAGUAUUGUAUUGUUUCUUGAAAAAGAAUGCACUACUCUGAUAACUUGAUGUGGAGAAAGUGCUGCAUAAAGAAGUUUUACCAAA